AUGGCCUGGUCCUGCAGCCUGAAGAGCCUCCUCACAGUCUUUGUCUUCACCACCUUCACUGUCGGCUCUGUGGAGAGCUACCAGUGUACAGAAUCUUCAUGUGUAAACGAGUCAUGUUCUCCAGCCACAAAUGUUUGUACAGCCACUAAAGGCUGCUUCAAUCAAAUCCAGAAAUUUGAUACACCAUCUACAGGUACAGACCUUGUGUGGAAGCAAAAAGGGUGUUCCUCAGACACAUGCAGUGCACUGACAUUCUCAGCAACACUGGGGGAUCAACGGAGAUUUAUCUAUGAGAACAAGUGCUGCACAACUGACAAAUGCAACCAAGAGGACAUAACUCUAUCUCCGCCGCCCGCAGAAGCCAACGGUGUUCAUUGUCUCUCCUACUAUACGGAGCUAGGCAUGCAGAAUAUCCCAACUCUCCUGAGCUGCACAGGAAAUGAGACAAAGUGCGGUUUGGUUAUCGGCACAGCAGUGGGAAACAGCAACCUCUUUCCCUUGGUGAUGGCCGGAAUGGGCUGUGCGACAGAAAGCGCCUGCAACCUGACUGUGACUGUCUUUAACAACACAAACAUCCACACCUUCUGCUCAGAUGAGUUCGUUGUAUCUCCAAACAAGCCAUCAGUUCCGGAUAGCACGGGCAGUGCGGGCAGCAUGGGCUUUCGACCUACAGCCAUCUCAACAGUACCAAUUCUGAUUACUCUCCUCCUGCUGAAAGUCUUGUUUUGA